UUCUGUUUUCCAUUUUUGUGGUGCUACUCAUGCAAUACGAUUUCAAUUUGAAUUAGGGUUUUUCCUUUACUUUUUUCUCCUUUUUUCCAACUAUAUAUUCUUGUUUGUUCUAUACAGGUAGAUUGUUUCUCUAUCUAGAAUCGCAGCUGCCGCGUCUGGUUAACGCUUUCGCUCUCAUCGUCCGAGAACUUUUCUGCGCCUUGAUUUUUUUAUAUUUGAGAUCAAUGGCUGAUGGUCACGAAACUGAUAAGAACAUUGAGAUAUGGAAAAUCAAGAAGCUCAUCAAGGCACUCGAAGCAGCUCGAGGCAAUGGAACCAGUAUGAUUUCUCUUAUCAUGCCUCCUCGCGAUCAAAUAUCUCGUGUUACCAAGAUGCUUGGAGACGAAUUCGGAACUGCAUCCAACAUCAAGAGCAGAGUCAAUCGCCAAUCAGUGCUCGGUGCAAUUACAUCUGCUCAGCAGCGGCUGAAAUUGUACAACAAGGUUCCUCCAAAUGGCCUUGUUCUCUACACUGGAACCAUUGUUACUGAAGACGGGAAGGAAAAGAAAGUGACAAUUGACUUCGAGCCGUUCAGGCCCAUAAACGCAUCUCUUUAUCUAUGUGACAACAAAUUCCACACUGAGGCGCUGAAUGAACUUUUGGAAUCUGAUGACAAGUUCGGCUUUAUUGUAAUGGAUGGUAACGGGACUCUCUUUGGAACGUUGAGUGGUAAUACUAGGGAGGUUCUUCACAAAUUUACUGUGGACCUGCCUAAGAAGCAUGGAAGAGGAGGGCAAUCUGCAUUGCGUUUUGCUCGUCUCCGCAUGGAGAAGCGCCAUAACUAUGUCCGCAAAACAGCAGAGCUUGCCACCCAGUUUUAUAUCAAUCCUCAGACGAGCCAACCCAAUGUCUCAGGACUCAUUCUGGCUGGUUCAGCUGACUUCAAGACUGAGCUCAGUCAGUCUGAUAUGUUUGACCCUCGUCUGCAGGCGAAGAUUCUAAAUGUGGUGGAUGUUUCGUAUGGAGGGGAAAAUGGUUUCAAUCAGGCGAUUGAGCUGUCUGCGGAGAUCCUCUCCAAUGUGAAGUUUAUACAAGAGAAGCGUUUAAUAGGCAAGUACUUUGAGGAGAUUAGUCAGGAUACCGGCAAGUAUGUUUUUGGCGUUGAUGACACGUUGAAAGUUCUUGAAAUGGGUGCUGUUGAGACGCUUAUUGUUUGGGAAAAUCUGGACAUGACCAGAUACACGCUGAAGAAUACUGUAACCGGUGAAAUCCUCAUAAAACACUUCAACAAGGAGCAGGAUUCUGAUCAGAGUAACUUCCGUGAUCCAGCUACAAAUGCUGAACUAGAGGUUCAGGAAAAGAUGUCAUUACUUGAAUGGUUUGCCAGUGAGUAUAGACGUUUUGGUUGCACGCUUGAGUUUGUCACGAACAAAUCACAAGAAGGUUCCCAGUUUUGCCGGGGCUUUGGAGGAAUAGGAGGAAUCCUGCGCUAUCAGCUGGAUGUUCGGGCUUUUGAUGAUCUUUCCGAUGAUGGAGAAGUUUAUGAAGAUUCUGAAUAGCAAUCAAUCAAAUUUUCCAAUCCCGGUGCAGGUUGCAGGGAUGGAGCGGAAGCACUGCACCGGUGCGCGGGGGCUCGCCCCUCUGACUAUGCCGCUCGGAUUGUAUUGGCUGAAAAAGAUGGAGCGAAGCUUGAUGAGGUCUGUGGCGCCUGCAUUUUCUUUAACAAUUAACAUGAUCUUCUGCAAAAUAAAUGUUGUAAUUUCUUUUUUCCGAUUUCCCCUUCAUGUGAUGCAGGAUCAUGGACAAACUAUCUGGAAAGGAAGAGAGAUAGUGCUGCAAGAAGGUAAUGACGCCCUACGUUCUUUACCCGUAGAGGAGGUAAUGUCAUGAUGCCCUACAUGCUUUGUCUGUGAGGGCUGUAUAUCACCGUUAUGUGGAGUCGUAUUAUUAUAUGCGUUAAGGAGACGAGGUUUUGAUUGAUCAUUUCCUAUGUUGAAGUUCAUUGCUCAGGUCGGGGUCGUGUUCGUGUCUGUGUUGUAUUCGUAUCUGUGUCUGGGUUGAAGUUUAUUUUCUGGCUGUUUGGGGAAAAUAAUUUAGGGUCGUGUAAUAAGUAACUGCAUUUGGAUCUUUGUUGAUGCAGCAGAUUUCGAUUGUUAUACUAUUAUGUGUUUGAUUUGGUUUGUUUA